UCUGACUAGCCUCCAGCUUGACAGCUGCGGAGGCAGCAGCGGGAUGGAGGCUCCGGGGCGAGUGUGGCUGCGGGCCACGGGCUCUCUGUCGCUGGACGAUGUGUACAGCAUGGCGAAGAGCCUGGGCUCUGAACUGCAGAAACUGACCGAGCAGUACGGGCCGGACUCGGUGUCCGGGGUGGUCCCGCAGGUGGUGCGCGUCCUGGAGCUGCUGGAGGGCUUCGCGGCAACCGAGAGGGAACGGGGCCCCCCAGAGCAUGAGCUGCUGUUCCGGGCCGUGCAGAGCAUGCAUAUAGGCAGAGAGGAGCGACCUGCACCGGAUCUAGAGCAGAAGCUGCUGGAAGCUCAGAGAAAAGAACAUGGCCUUCAGAACCAGCUGUCCCAACUUACUGAAGAGAACCAGAAACUCUUGGUCCAAAUGACAGAGACAAAAUCCCAGGGAGAAUGUGCAGCAAGGGAAGAGCGAGAUCUGAUGCUCAAGUUGAAAGUAGUUGUGGACAGACAGAGGGACGAAAUCCGAUCCUUGACACAUGAGAUCCAGCAGAAGAACAGAGACACAGAAGCGAAUACAUCUGAAUGUAAAUCUCUGGAACAAGAUGGAAGUGAGAAAACCCCAUCAAACCAACCCUGUUUUACCAAGGAAGAUGUGAAGCACAUUGUACAGGAGAGGAAUGAGCUGAAGACUAAUCUGUUCCUGAUAAAUGAGGAGUUGCAGUAUUAUCACAGGGAGCUUCUAAAUGAUGAGAGGAUACCCAGCCUUUUGUUGCGUGGCAUGAAAUCUGCCAUCAGGAAACAGAGGAAGAAAAUUAAGGCCAAAAUGCUGGGUAUUAUGGAGUCUCCUACCAGCAGUGAUGAUGAGAACACAUGGACACAGACAACGGCAACAGACUGCGUGGACGCCAAGCCUUCAGACUCAAAAAUCAAGAGUUUGUUUGGGAUGUGGUAUGGGAAACCAGAAGCUGAACCGGGCCCCUGGGAAAUCAUCAACGUGAAAGAACUCACUAUGGUCGAGAAAGAAGAAAGCAGUUCUGACAAUGUCUGAACCCCAUCUUGUGGAACUCCCUACCACGUUGUACCGUCUGAUGCUGAUGACCAUUGUGAAGGGACAGUACAUAUCUGCAGUGUCACAUAGCAGGCUCUGCACCCUCUGUAAAAUGUAUAUUAAUUGUCCCAUAAAAGGGAACGCCAAUAUAUUUUUCUAACACUAUUUUUAUUGACAAUUCCUUUUAUAAUAGAAUGCAAUUUUUAAAUAUGUGUAUGUAUACAGGGUAUUUUUCAGCUGUAAAUUCUGUAUAAUUUAUAUCAGGAUUUUUGGAGUGUUUCUUAUUUAUCUUGAAGCACCAGAAAAUAAAUAUUUCACGGUAAUAUUUAGUAGAUGCUUCACGUUUCAAACAAGUGAAAUGUUUUCAUUGUCUUCUAUUAGGUAAUUCAUAUACUAUAUGAAUUUAAACAUGGACAUAAGGCACCCUUCAAAUUGACCCUUCGGUUCAAAAAAAAAAAAAUUCCCAUUAACUGGGGAACGAACAGAUUACUUACCUGAUGACCUCCUUUUCAUCUAUUCAGCUGCAGAUCCACCGGUUCCUGGACUCCUUUUCCAUCAUCCAAGAUGGCCACACCAUUUCUCAGACCACCUGAUCCAUGCUCUGUAGUUCAAGACACUGUUUGGUGCCCUUGGAUUGCCUAGCAUUGCGCACUUGAACAGUGCUGACUAAUCCAAGAGUAGGGCUGGACAAGUAGGAAGUGUCUUGGACUACCAGUGCAUGAGGUAGUGUAGAGGAGAAGUAGGAGUAGAAGAGGAGCCCAGGAAUUGACAGAUCUGCAGUUACAAAAAUGAAAUAGAGAGCACCAUGUAAGUGCUCUGUUCAUUACCCAUGUGAUUUUAUUUUAUUUUUUGAUAAUCGGAUGGUCACUUUGAAUGUUUUACUUUUGGUGUGCUUGGUCUUUUAUUAAGGUCCGUCCACAGGAGACAGAUACAUGGUGGAUUUUCUGCAGUGUUUACAAUAGCCAUUAAGUGAGUGAAAUUGUAGGAAAUCUCAUCCACACAGUGUGGAAAAAAUCUAUGUAAAUUUGUGCAGAAAUUGUCCUGCGGUGCGGUUUCUAAAUCCACAUCUUGUCAAUUUUUAUGCUGUGGUUUUUCACCACUGGUUUGGUUGAUUGAGGCAAAUUCCACAGCAAAUCUGCAAAGGAUAUUUUCUUUUGCAAAUUAUGUUCUGUAGGGACGUACCCCUAACCAGUAUUUGAUCUGCCAGGAAUAUUCCGAGGGCCGGGAUUUUUCUGCAUUCUUAUAUUAUCCCAUAAAAUGGUAAUUGAAUGCAUGUAGAUCACCAACUGCUCCAUUUUGUAAAGCAGAGUGGCAUAGACAACAUUCAGAUGGCAAUAUCGGAGGGACACUGUCUCCUGACAUGUCGCACUACUGACUGACACUAGUUGCAUCAUCAAUAUACCGCAUUUACGCUGUGCCAACCGGAAGGGAGGAAGCACUUCUGUUCUUUGUGUACAUCCGGCAAGGUCUGCUAUGUGUGGGAACGAAAAGAAGCCCAAUAUCCAGCAAGGAGGAGGGGAAAACUAUUUGUUAAAAGAUCCCCUCUCCAUGGCAUGAGCAUGCUCAGAAUACUGAGCAGUGAUCAGCAUGAUGUGAGUUGUAGUCCUUGUCACAAUCACUGAGCUAAUUAGCUUAAAAAAAGCUGCCCUACCUGAAUAAUCCAGGCAUAUGCGGUCCUUCUUUUCAAAUGCCUGAGAAAGGCAAUGCAGCAUUUUCAGAUGUCACUUGAAGGAGAAGAAAUUAAACAAAUGUAUUUUUUAAAUGUAAAAUUGUUAAUAAGAGUAUUAUGUGGUCUGUUGUGUUUUUUCUAAAUGUUGAUUUACGAUUAUUUGAUGUAAAUAAUAAACUAAAAAGAGCAUAAAUUAUAGCUGGGGCGUUUUGCUUGACAAAAUAGAGAAUUCCUAUUUAACCUCAUUUUACUAGUUGUCAGUGUCUCCGAUUAUCAUGGGAUAAAUUAAAGUGACCCUUAACUGGGCAACUAGCAGAACGCUCCCCUGGUGCCCUCCUUUAUAUAUUUUCUGCUGCGGUUCUGCCAAUUCCCAGGCUCCUCUUCUGUCGUCCAAGAUGGCUGCACUGCUUCUUGGACUACUUGAUGCCCUCUGUACAUCGGUACUCCAAGAAACUUCCUGCCCUGCUCUUGCAUUGGCCAGC